UAUUUUUUUUCUUCUUGUUGAUAAAAAAAAAAAAACUCUCUCUCUCUCUCUUUCUCUCGCUCGCUGGAUCGAAAAGAAAAAAAAAAUCAAAGGCGGCUUUCGAUUCGCGUUCUUCGGUCUCCGGCUCUCUACGGAUUAAUCGUUCUUCUCGUGGUUAGAUAUUCGCGGAUCAGGGGUAAAAAAAAAAAUGAGAGACGUCGUCUAUGCAUGGGAGGGGGCUUUCUGAGGAUAGGAAGAAAGGUCAUCGUCGGCUUAUGUUUAGACCUCCUUCGCGUCUAAUUUCAAGCUUGGAGGCUUCUGGUUCUUCGUCUGUAUCUCUCUCUUCACCUUCUUCCUUCUCUAAGGACGGGAGGAGGAUUAGUGUUGGUGACUGUGCUCUGUUUAAGCCGCCUCAGGAUUGUCCACCGUUCAUUGGUUUGAUCCGUUUGCUUCUUCCUGAAAAAGAAGGCAACUUUAAGCUGCGUGUGAAUUGGCUCUACCGACCCGGUGAGUUGAAGCUUGGCAAGGGCGUCCUUUUGGAGGCUCAGCCUAACGAGAUAUUUUAUUCCUUUCACGAGGAUGAGAUACCUGCUGCGUCUUUGCUUCAUCCGUGUAAAGUUACCUUUCUUCCCAAAGGCGUUGAACUCCCAUCUGGAAUCUCUUCGUUUGUUUGCUGGAGGGUUUAUGAUGUUAUGAACGAGUCUAUUUGGUGGCUCACUGAUCAAGAUUAUAUCGAUGAACGUCAACAAGAAGUAGAUAACUUAUUGCGUAAGACUCGUUCCAAGAUGACAUUACAGCAGGGUGGUCGUUCUCCUAAGUCAACGAAUAGUCCGACAACAUCUCAAGCGAAAACAGGAACAGAAGGUAUGCAGAACAGCAGCUCCUCUUCUUCACAGGGCAAAGGAAGGAAGAGAGAGCGUGGUGAUCAGGGUUCUGAAUCUGUGAAAAGAGAACGCCCAAGUCGGAUUGAUGAUGGUGGUUCUGGUUUUGUAAGAACAGAAAGCAGUUUGAAAUCUGAGAUUGCAAAAAUUACUGAGAGAGGGAGGCUAGUGGAUUCUGAAGGGGUUGAGAAAUUGGUACAGCUCAUGCUGCCCGAGAAGAACGAGAAGAAAACAGAUUUGAUUGGGCGAUCCAUUCUUGCAAGUGUUGUAGCAGCAACAGACAAGUUUGAUUGCCUCAGUCGUUUUGUCCAGCUGAGGGGAUUACCUGUUUUUGAUGAGUGGCUACAGGAAAUUCAUAAAGGGAAAAUUGGGGAUGGGAGCAGUCCCAAAGACAAUGGUAGAUCAGUGGACGAUUUUCUUUUGAUCUUGCUGCGUGCUCUUGACAAGCUGCCUGUGAAUCUCAAUGCUCUUCAGACUUGCAACAUUGGAAAGUCUGUUAACCAUUUGCGAUCACAUAAGAACUCGGAAAUCGGGAAAAAGGCAAGGAGCUUGGUUGAUACAUGGAAGAAACGUGUUGAGGCAGAAAUGGAUGCCAAGUCGGGAUCUAAUCAGGGUGCAUCUUGGCCUGGAAGAUAUCGUCAGUCUGAAGUUUCUCAUGGCGGUAGACAUUCAGGUGUAUCUGCUGAUGCAGCCAGGACAUCAGCAUCUCAUCAACAUCCUUCUAAGUCCGUGUCUGUCAUAAUACCGUCAGAUAACAACAUGAAGUCUGCAACCACAUCUCCAAGUUCUACUAGAUCAGCACCAUCACUUGGAACAGGUGUAGCUGUCGUUAAUGAUGGGCAACAAAGAGAUACUGGUGCAGUCCAUAGGGAAGUUGGGCUGAGCAGGAGCUUCUCAUCACAAAGAACAGCAACUGAAAAGACUCCUGACAUACCUAUGGCUGAAGGUUGCAGUAACAAGUUAAUUGUUAAGCUGCCAAAACGUGGUCGCAGUCCGGCACAGAGUUUUAGUGGAGGUUCCUUUGAGGAUCAUGCAGCUGGUAGUAGCAGGGCUCCAUCACCUGUUCCUUCAGAGAACAAUGAUACAAAUCGACCUAAUUUUAGCGUUGAUGGGUCUAGUAAAAUAGAAGAUAUUAUCAAACCCACGUCUCCUACCUUAGGAGAUGUUGUCAAACCUGGAAAAGGGGAUAGUGGAUCACACAGCUCAAUGAAUGCCUUGAUUGAAAGUUGUGUCAGGGACUCUGAGGCAAAUGCAUGUGAGGCUGGUGUGGAUGACGUUGGAAUGAAUCUUCUAGCUUCUGCUGCUGCUGAUGAAAUUUCCAAAUCCCCUGUUGCAUCACCCGCGGUAUCCCUGGUUUCAGAUUCCUUGAUGAAUGAUAUUUCAGAGAACCAUAUAACAGGUUUGCCUAACGAGCAAGCUGAAGCUCUUGCCAAGGAUCCCACCAUUGUUGAACAUGUCAGUAGUAUUGGCGACCAGUUGGCCUCUGUAGUGAAUGUGAAUGAUUCUAAGCCCUCUGAUUCAGAAAUGGAAGAGUUGCAAAGAUUGGUGGAUCAGUGCCUAGAAAGCAAUGAAAAUUCAGAUGAUAUUGCCCCAACCGCUGGGCACACAUCAGGCAUUAGGGGAAACAUUUCUGAUGAUGGUGAUAGUCGGGUAGUUGCUGACGUAAAGACUGAAGAGAUAUCAGAGACAGAUGGAGUGGCAGAUACAGUGAUGAGGACAGGAAACUCUGCCUUACGUAAAUGUAAAACCGUUGGCAAAAGUCAAAAUGAGGAUUCUUUGACUGCUGAAGAUUCACACUUGGGUGCUGUUGGUGGUGCUCAGGUGGAAGAUAAACCAAAGGUGAUAUUGAGUUCUGAGCUAGUUAAUAAAAUGGGUGAAGUGGUUUCGGUUUUGUCAGAGUUUGCCAAGGAUAGGAGUACUGAAAAUGUUGAUAGAUCGAUGCCAGAGAAAUUGUCUGAUGAUAAUGAUUGUGGUGGAACAGCUAACGAUCGAAAGGCUGCUUGUACAUCAGUGGAAACUUCUGCGCCAGCUGAAUGUAAAGCCAUCGUAUUAUGUCCCAAAGUAGAAUCCUUGGUUGUUGCAAAUUCACACACUGAUAACAAGGAAGAGCAUAAACCCCCGGUAGUCUUGAGUUCUGAGUUGGAUAAAGAAACGGCUGAAGAUCUAACUGUUUCGUCCGAGCUCUCCAAGGGCAUAGCUGCAGAAAAGAUGGACGUGGGGAUUAAUCAUGUGAACCAGACAGAUAAAAAGAGCAAGCCUGUGACAGCGCAUCUGUACUCAUCUUUAACUAACGGUGAAAUUGAGCAUGUAGAGGCGUCUCUAAAGAGUGCUGAAGUCGGAAAACGGUGCGCCACGACAACAUGUGAUGAUGGGGAUGAAGUCGAGGAAUGUACCUCUGUUGCCAAAGAUGUUCCUUCAGUUUCAGCUUCAGCUUCAGCAGGGUCAGAGCUAGAAGCCAGAGUUGAAUUUGAUCUAAAUGAAGGUUUCAGUGGGGAUGAUACACGAGAUGGGAAUUCAAAUAACUUAUCUGGAUCAUUAUCUUUAACACCUACUCCUUUACAGCCCAGUCUACCUCCUGCAUCCGUUACAGUUGCUGCUGCUGCAAAAGGUGCAUUUGUUCCGCCUGAUGAUCUAUUGAGAAAUAAAGCAACUGUUGGCUGGAGAGGAUCUGCUGCCACUAGUGCCUUCCGGCCACCUGAGCCAAGAAAAGUCCAAGAGGUGGUGCCACUAAACAUAAAUAAUGUGGCUUCCUGUGAUGCUUCGACAACUGCUGGCAAGCAAACAAAGACAUUCUUGGACUUCGACCUAAAUGUACCGGAUGAAAGAGUUCUUGAAGAUCUGCCUUCCCAAAGAUUUGCCAAUCCCACAAAUUCCUCUGGUGGGCUGGAUCUUGAUCUAAACAGACUUGAUGAUCCAGCUGAUAUGAAUAAUCAUACAAUAAGCAGUGUUCAUCGAGUGAAUUCAACUUUUCAACAGGCAAACUUAUCUUCUGGUGGUAGUAGGGAUUUUGAUUUAAACGAUGGACCUGCUGUCGAUGAUGUUAACGCUGAGUCAUCUCUGGGUUUUAGUCAAAAUUCCCGAAGUGCACAGCCAGUGAUCAGUGGAAUAAGGCCUGGCUUCUCAUCUUGGUUUCCUGCUGUUAACAAUUAUUCAGCAAUGAGUAUUCCUCAAGUCUUGCCUGAACGAGGCAAUGGACUGCAGAGAAUGGUUGGUCCAACAUCUGAAGUUUCAUCAUAUACACCUGAUAUGUACAGAGGCCCUGUUUUACUGUCUUCUCCAGCAGUUUCAUUCCCACCAUCAGCAUUUCAGUAUCCUGGGUUCCCUUUUGGUUCCAGCUUUCCUCUUUCCUCAGCAAAUUUUUCAGGUGCUUCAACACCAUACAUGGACUCUUCAUCAAGUGGCAGGCUAUGCUUCCCUCCUGUCAACUCUCAAAUAUUGGGUCCAGGAGUAGCCAUCCCUUCUAACUACCCAAGGCCUUAUGUCGUUAAUCUCCCAAACAGCAAUGGUGGAGUUUCGGACAGCAACAAUGCAAAAUGGUUGAGAUCUGGUCUUGACUUGAACUCUGGACCAGGAGGGCAUGAAACUGAUGGCAGAGAUGAAGCAGCACUUGUACAAAGACAGCUAUCUUCCUCUGGUUCUUUACCCUUGAAAGAUGAAGCAAGAAUGUAUCAAAUGUUUGGUGGUACUCUCAAGAGGAAGGAACCAGACAGUGGUGGAUGGGAUGGAUACACGCAACCCUCUUGGCAAUAACAAACCUCAGAAUCUCUUUGUAGGCCGUUGCACUAAGCAUGUACUCUUGAAGAUAAAAGCAGACGCUAACUUAGUUCCUUAUCUCUUUUAGAGAUGCAAGCGAGUGUUUAGUUUAUGUUUUUUUUUUUCUUUUUUUUUGGAGCUCUGCUGUAAAAGAAAAAAUGAUGGUCAUUGUUGGUAUGAGACUGGUAAAAUCUGACAUGGUUUGUGUAUUAUAUAGUCAGCAGCAACUCUUUUGUAGAUUUUUUUUACUUGUGGUUAGUUAUGUUUGAAUCCACA